AUGACUGUAAAAGACAUCCUCUUUCGGUCCCAGCACUGGACAGUGGUUGCUGUGGACCCCCUGGAGGGAAACCAGAUGGACGAUAGACACGUAUGUAAGUACAUUGCCAUCGGAGACACAAAGCAUACACCCCCAGAGAUAGAGAUCUCCCCGAUCACCUUCCCGGGUGGUCCGGAAGAUCUCAUUCUUUUGGUGCGUUGCAGUCACCCACCAUUCUUUCUCCCCAAAGGCCAUAUCAUCGCACUGUACAUCCCUGUCCCUGAGAAUAUCCCAAUAGACGACCAUGCCCCUGGCGUAUACUGGGCAGAGGUGGUGGUGAAAAAUAAACCAAUCAUAGAUUGCAGUGUCAAGCAGGGUGUAGAACUAGUGAACAUGAAGGAUCUGCUUGACACAGGGGCGGAUGUGACGAUCAUCCCCGAAAGGACAUGGCCGUCACAGUGGGAAUUGCAACCCGUGGCUGGCAAAAUACAGGGUUCCCUUGUGGGGGAGGGACCUAAUGUCACAAUGGGGGGUAAAAAUAGAGAUCCCGAAAACCCCUCGGGAUUUUUGAUAGCGGCCACUGUGGAGCGCCCUUUCCAAAAAUUAGAUUGGACCACUGAUGAAGCAAUUUGGAUUGAUCAGUGGCCGCUUCAGAAAGAUAAAUUAAAGGCGCUCAAUGAACUCGUGGAGGAGCAACUAGCAAAGGGUAACAUAGUUGAAACCACGAGCCCUUGGAAUUCCCUGGUCUUUGUUAUUUGAAAGCCGGGGAAAAACAAGUGGCGGCUCCUCCACGACCUUCGGGCUAUCAAUAAAGUCAUUGUGGACAUGGGGCCCCUUCAACCAGGGAUGCCUACCCCGACUAUGCUCCCCCAAAAUUGGAAUUUGGCUAUCAUUGAUAUCAAAGAUUGUUUUUUUUCAAUUCCUCUACACCCUGAUGAUGCCCCGUGGUUUGCCUUCUCGGUUCCAACCCUUAACUGAGAAGCCCCAGUGAGGAGGUUCCACUGGCGGGUAUUGCCUCAGGGCAUGAAGAACUCACCUACCAUCUGCCAGUGGUACGUCUCCUCAUUGCUGUCCCCUCUGCGCGCCGAACUGGGGGGGGUCAUCAUCCAUCAUUAUAUGGAUGAUGUCCUGGUGUGCGCCCCCCAUGACAAUCUACUUAAGCACUCUCUUGACCGAGUGGUUGACGUUCUAACAUCUGCAGGUUUUCAACUCCAGGAGGAUAAGGUUCAGAGGAUGCCGCCCUGGAAGUAUCUGGGUCUGUGGAUUGCUGAGAGGACCAUUGUGCCUCAAAAAUUGGCCAUUAACAGCAAUCCAAAGACUUUGGCGGACCUCCAUUCACUGUGUGGGACUUUGAACUGGGUCAGGCCUUGGCUGGGCCUCACUACUGAGGACCUAGCCCCCCUCUUCGUACUUCUGAAGGGAGAGAAAGAGCUUAGUUCUCCCAGGACCCUGACUCCAGAAGCGAAGAAGGCCCUGGAGAAGGUAGAGGAUGCCCUGGUUGAGAAACAGGCGCAUCGGUAUGAACCAACCCUACCAUUCGAGUUUAUUGUGUUUGAAGAAUUAGCCCGCAUAAGUGUGGCAAUUUUCCUAUGGGACCAAGGCUCUAAGGAUCCCCUCUUGAUAAUAGAGUGGGUAUUCUUGAGCCACCAAAGGUCCAAAAGUGUCACCCAGCCACAGGAACUGAUGGCUCAGCUUAUUGGGAGAGCUCGAGCUAGGCUUAGGGAGAUGGCCGGGUGUGAUUUUGCAUGCAUUCGAGUGCCGGUCAGCUUGUCUCGGGACAAAGCGUCCCCGGAUAGGCUGACAAAAGAGAUGUUCAAUCAAAUGCUUUGGGAAAACAAGAUCCUCCAAAUUGCAUUUGAUAGUUAUGAAGGACAAGUUUCAGUCCACGCCCCUGCGCACAAAUUUUUCAACGCCAAAUUUUAUGUGAUCCCUAAAGAAGUGCGGAGCAGGAAGCCUCUCAAAGCCUUAACUGUUUUCACUGACGCAUCCGGGGCAUCUCACAAGUCUGUGGUGACUUGGCGAGAUCCCGAGACUCAGCAAUGGGAAACAGACGUUAAAUAUGUGGAAGGAUCUCCACAAGUUGCUGAGUUAGAUGCAGUCGUUAGGGCCUUUGAGAGGUUUUCUGAACCUUUCAAUUUAGUAACAGAUUCGGCUUACGUAGCAGGGGUGGUUGCAAGGGCCGAGCAUGCAGCCCUAAAGGAGGUCUCGAACCCGAAGCUGUUUGAGUUGCUUUCUGCAUUAAUCUACACUGUUUCCCACAGAAAGCAACCUUUCUUUGUGAUGCAUGUGAGAUCACACACGGACCUCCCUGGCCCGGUAGCCGAAGGGAAUAGAAUAGCUGAUUCCCUCGCUACCCCUGUUUCAAUGGCUCAGCUCCCCGAUCUGUUCCAACAAGCCAAGCUGAGCCACCAAAUGUUCCAUCAGAAUGGACCUGGUCUGGUCCGCCAAUUCCAUCUGCGGCGAGAUCAGGCCAGAGCCAUUGUGGCCACAUGCCCACAUUGCCAGACCACCGCCAUGCCCUCCCUGGGGUCGGGGGUUAACCCUCGGGGCCUGGGGAGCUGCGAGGUGUGGCAGAUGGAUGUGAGGCACAUCCCUGAGUUUGGGAGGUUUCGGUUUGUACAUGUUUCCAUCGACACUUUCUUGGGCACAGUCUUUGCUUCUGCCCACAUGGGGGAGAAGGCUGAGCAUGUCUGUAAACACCUCAUGCAGGCUUUCUCUGUACUGGGGGUCCCCAAAGAGCUCAAAACGGACAACAGCCCAGCAUAUACCUCCAGGAAACUGGAGGAAUUCCUGCAAGAGUGGGGAGUAGAACACAAAAGAGGCAUCCCGCACUCCCCCACCGGCCAAGCGAUUGUCGAUGAUGAAGAUCCCAACUGCCAGUGGCCCGGCACUUCCAGUCCACCAGCAACUAUAGGCUCCAACAUCGCCCUCCAGUGCUGGUCCGAGACCCAGAGACCCAAAAGAGAGCCAUCCAAAGAUGCCAGCAGCGAGUAUCAUCCUCAACAUCACGCUCCUAGCUCUACUGGUGACCCAAAUAGCCGCGUGGAUCGUGACCCAACCCAAACAAAAUGCUUGGGUAAUGUUGGCGAAGUCUCUGCAGUGAGAUGA